AUGCAUGCUGGGCGACUGCGGCAACGUGACGACCACGAUCAUCAUGGCGAUAUUCCCGCGGGCCGUGGCCGUCGGUGCAUGGUGUCCCGGGCGGCGAUGGUGUACAAGGGCGCGACCGGCGCGGUGGCCGCGUACGAGGCCAAGACCGCCGAGUACGACGCGCACUGUCCGGCGGACGCGCGCGACGCUCGCUGCCACUGGGCGCUGGCCGCGGUCGUGGCGGCCGGGUGCGCCGCGCUCAUCGUGCUGCCGAACGUGUACCGCGUGCACCUGCUGUACGACCGUUACCGGGACGCCGGCCUGGUCGCGUUCUUCGUGCUCAUGUACGUGCAGAACGCCACCAUGUGCGUCACCGAGCUGCAGUUCGUCGUCUACUGUCUGGGGCUGUGCCUCAAGUUCUGCCAGAUCAACGGCGAGAUGUCGGCCAUCCGGUCGGACACGAUCGCGGCCAACCGGUACCCGGCGGUGCUCAUGUCGCCGUGCAGCCCGCCCGGCGCGGCCACCGGACGUCCACCGUCCGCCGACAGCGUCGAGCGGCUCAAGCUCCGGCACCAGUUCGUCAGCGACUCCGUGGGCGACCUGAACGCGCUGUACGGCUUCCAGCUGGGAGCGUCCCUGUCCGCGCUGUUCGUCAUGGCGCUGUUCGACAUCUACGCCGUCGUGUCCGGCGUCGUCGAGACGGCCAAGGGCUACCUGUUCUUCUACGCGUGGGUGUUCCAGUACGCGUUCCGGUUCACCGUCAUCGUGAUCACCACGCACGUCACCACCAAACAGGCUCUCAAAUCGAAAAUUCUUAUAACUGAUAUCAAUUCUCGUCUUACGGAUAAAAAUACAAAAGAAGAGUUACAAUUGUUUUUGCAAGAAUUAUCCAGUCGUUCGGUGAACUUCACAACCUUAGAUAUGUUUAUUAUUAAUAUACGUCUUAUUACUUCUGCGAUUGUCACGGGUACAACUUAUCUUGUUAUAUUGUUCCAGUUUCAAUGAAUUAAGGAUCAAACAAUUUCCCUCCUAACCGAG